AUGCUUGAAGCAUACGGGCGACGGUUCUUGGGGCCGAUGUGCCUGGUCAUCCUGUGGGGUGCUGCGUGUCUGGGCCAACGGAUGACUGGUGAAGUCGUAUCCGCAGGAGACGGCUUGCCAGACAUCGUCAUUGGCAGCGGCGGCUUCCGCAUUGACCACACAAUGGGCCUGGUGUGGCGUCUGGCCGAGCUGCUGGAGCGCGGCAAUGGCAGCGACGUAACGCUGCGGCUGGAGACCGUGGGCACGGACGAGGUGCGGGUGAUCCGAGGCCACGGUCUGGUGCUGGCGCUGCAGAGCCCCGUCUUCGAGGAGAUGCUGAGGAACCGCAACGCCACCACCACCACCAGCAGCGGCAGCGACGGCAGCGACACGCUGGUGAUCAGGGAGAGUGCCGACAGCGUGCUCGUCUUCGACCGGUUCAUCAGAUACCUGUACUGCGGUGAGAUCUCUGUGCGUCUGGACCAGGCCACCACCCUGCACCGUCUGGCCACUAAGUACAACGUGUCGCUCCUCCGCCAGGGCCUCAGCCAGUACAUGAGCGAGAACCUGGCCGGCGAUCGCCCCGGCAGCCGCGUGGUCAGCUGGUACCAGUACGCCGAGCAGUCGGGCGACGAGGCACUGCGCGACAGCUGCCUGCAGUACCUGACGUGGAACCUGUCGUCGGUGCUGCGCAGCCGCGAGUGGGCCGAGGUGAGCGCCCCCCUGCUGCUGACGCUGCUGCAGCGCUCCGACCUGGUGCUGCAGAGCGAGCUGGAGCUGUUCGAGGCGCUCGAGGCCUGGCUGGAGCGCCAGGACCCGGACGGGCUGACAGCGGAGAACGCGCUGCGCUCCAUCCGCUACGCCAUGAUGGCGCCGCGCGACCUCUUCCGUCUGCAGCGCGAGUCGCGCGUGCUCCAGCGCUACGGCGAGUCGGUGCGCGACCUGCUCUACAUGUCGUACCAGUUCCACUCGGCCUCGCCGCUGCAGCUAGCCAAGUUCUUCGACGUCAACUGCAGCCUGUUCACACCGCGCAACUACCUGGCGUCGGCAUGGGGCUCGGCGUGGGUGAUCAACAACCCGGCGCGCGACGACCGUAGCGCCAGCUUCCAGACGCAGCUGGGCCCAAGCGGGCACGACGCGGGCAAGCGCGUCACCUGGAACGCGCUCUUCUCACCCCGAUGGCUGCCGUUUAGCCUGAGGCCGCCGUACUCCGAGCAGGGCGCCAUGCAGCCGCCUCCACGGCUCGAGGCCGGGCGCCCGCGUGUCAUCAUCACCCCGGCCACCUCCAGCGCGGACAUGGCGGGGGUGAGCUUCCAGAAGACGCUGCUGGUGGUGAUGAAGCGGCACGGGAGGAUGGUGGUCCGCCACGUCUACAACUUCCACCAGAGCACCGAGGAGAGCGGCGCCUUCCUGGCCGGGGCGGACCUGCAGCACCGCACCUCUCAGUACCUCACCAACGGAUCGCUCCACCUCCACAUAAUUGUCAAGCCCCUCUACCAGAGCCUCAUCGCUACCAAGAAGUGACGAGCCACCCAACCGCCCACACGCACACACCACCCAACUCAACACACAACCUAAAUCUACCCCUGUGGUGGCAUUGCUUGCUUGAUAAUAAUGUUGGUCCUCAAUCAGUAUUACACUCAUAUCACAAAAUUCGUAUUUUUUGAAGAAGGGUUGUGGGAACAUAGUUGUAACACUAAAUAGUACCCAUGUAUUCAACCCCCAUCCCUCCAAAACGCUAAAAUAAAGUGGCUUUAAAAUGAAAAGGCACUGGUUUGUGGGAACAUCAAAGGUGGAUCAGAAUUACUAAAUACAAGGGUGACUGUUCAAGAAGCAACUGGACAAGUUCCAGACAAAUUAUUGAAUAUUAUAAUGUGCCCAAAACCAGAUAUGACUAGAUUAAUAGCCCAUGCUAGACAAAGUACAACAGACUUUCAUAUUGAGAUGUAACUGUGUUUUGACAAUUAUGAAAAUUGAACAUGGUUCUAGGUGCUACUUUUUUUUUUAUAAUAUCUCCAUGUGGAAGGCAUUCAUGUUUUAGUAAGUAAAUACACACUGUAUAUAUGUUUACAAACAAAAAGUAAAUCUUGUUUAGUUUUAGAUAGCCAAGGCAGUGUGCUCCACAGAAGGUCUCCUCACAGAACAAUUGUCAUCCCUAAAUUUCUUAGUUUUGAAGUUUAGCCAAUCAAGAAGGAGUAGAAUAUGACCAUUUAAAUGUAAUUUCUAUGUGAAGAAAUUAGAGUAGUAUUUGUAAUUGCUGUUAAUUAUUUUUUUCUAGUUUUGGUCUCUGUGUUGGUGUACCAUAAUUUCAGACUGUAAUAAAAUCAGCUAACACAA